AAUUCGUUAGUUGUGACAGCUACAUAUACGGGCAUGCAGGUCUAUCGUUAGCCUGCACGUCAUACUCAGACACAGUCCCUCGACGGGCCGAUGAAGCCAUUAUGAGCCGGCUGAUGAAUCCAUCGGCAAGCUGCGUUUUGCACAACUCAGCUGAAACAUCAAUUUCUACACGUUCUGAACUCUGAUCACCAUGAUCCCCUCCUUGCCGUCGCUGUUGCUCGUCCUCCUGCUGGCCUUGUGGACGGCGCCCUACCUCGCAACGCGCGCCGGCGCCGGCGCCGGCGACCACGGCCUCACGCACAUCCACCUGUACAUGCACGAGACCUUCGCCGGCCGGAACGCCACGACGCUCACGACGGUGCCGUCCCCGCUGCAGGGAGCCGGCGCGACGUUCGGGGCGGUCGGCGUGCUCGACGACGAGCUGCGCGACGGGCCGGACGCGAGGAACUCGUCGCUCGUCGGCCGGUACCAGGGCCUCUUCGUCAGCGCGGGGCUCGUGAGCCCGCCGGGCGGGCAGUCGGCGAUCAACCUGGUCUUCACGGCCGGGGAGCGCCGCGGGAGCACGCUGGCCAUGCUGGGGCCCGUGCUGAGCUUCACGAGCGCCAUCGAGCGCGCCGUGGUAGGCGGCACCGGCGCGUUCAGGAUGGCGCGCGGGUACUGCGUCAUGACGCCCGCCGGGAGCCCCACGCCGGAGUCCGUCGUCUACGAGGUCGACCUGUUCCUGCACAUGUACCAUGCCUGAUCGACCUGUUCCUGUUGGCUUGUGUGCCUACGGUGCUAUCGUGUACGUUGGUAAACAGUGGAAGCAAAGCGUCGCAAACGCCAACAUAUAUGUUCUGGACAGCAAACGGAUCGGAAGUAUGAGAGGGCGAUAUGCAAAGCUGUUUUUUUUUCGAAACGGCGAUAUGCAAA